UCGAUACUUUUAAAACCCAGAAUUUUCCGAGAAAUAAGUUUUACCGAAAAUAUGUGAUUUUAAAAUUUAAUUGUGACUAUCGGUGUUCUCAAACAUUGGAAACGGCAGUGGAAGUGAGAAUAAUACGAUAUUGAGCCAAUCAAUCCGUGGACCAGCGCAAAACCUUACUAAAAAGAUGACCGACCCUCGUGGAAUUCUACGACAGUAUAUAGAGCUUUGUUCGAGCGAAAUCAACCGAUUAGAUGACCAACUAGCUUCGAAUGCCAUUCUCGAGUGGAAAGGGGUAACCGUUAGGGGCAGGUCACGGAUCGUGAAAUUCCUGCGAUACAAACAGCAAGCUGGACUGGUACAGAGAUUCACGAACGCCAAUACGGUUGCGGCAUUCGAGGAACGUGAAACUCACAUGUCUACAAUGAUAACACCGCCGGAGAACCUGACCGUACAAUCUACCACCUUAGCAGAACCAACCACAUCUUUGCCCGAAAACAAAUCCUCGGACAAAUCAGCAUCCCCAGACAUGAAUCUCAGCUUCGAAACGCCUCCCCGGUUGCACCCGAUAUCCUCCGAGCCACCUCCCUUAACCGCAGGCCGCCAAUUCCUUCCACUUUCCUCCUCCAGUGAUGACGAAGAGGACGAACCCGACCCCAACCGAGACUCACCAAUGCCCUCCUUGGUUCAACCCCACCAAAAUGUGUAUUCCGAGCUACAGUACCUGGAAGCGAUCGGCACCGUACGAUCGUGCAACGAAUCGAAGCACCGUGGUACCCGUACCACACAUCACAUUCCCCGAGAGGACUCAUCACCAACGGCGGACGGCACCAGUACUCCCAUUCCGUCCACCCCGGGCAGCAGUGCUCCCAGCGACAAGCGAACCAAACUCAAACUGUCCUAUCGAAAGCACGUUCACACUCAGGAACACCAGUUCGCCCUUAUCAUCUACGAAGAUCUGACUCCUCGUUCGAGCAAAGUUCGGCGGAAUCUUUUCUGCGAUGAACAACCACAAGUUGGUACGGAGGAACCACCGGACGCACCGGAACCCCCCUCUCCGAUCAGACUACAACCAGCAAAUGCUUCACCGGAAGCUCGUCCCCUUCCAGAAACGCCUCCACCCGUGCCAUCGCCUCCGCCAGCCGAGGUAACACCACCCCAUACGCCUCUGGAACCACCGGGAACUCCCCACAGGCAGCGUCGUAUUCCGCCGGCUGGGAUGCGAACGUCUCCCCGAAGGUCCCGAGCGAUCAUGAACUUUACCAUUGCUGCCGACGAUAGCCCUACUAGUAGCAGUAACAGCAAUAACAAUAACAACAACAACAACAACAACAAUACUCUACAAACGUGGCCUCGAAAGAAUCACCCCACCGGCGGAAGCCCUGGCGGAUCCGCGGCGAAAAACCGGAAGCUUGCUACCGGUUCUUCAACCGUGCGGAAACCGUUGCGGUUCUGAGCCAUCGAAUAAUUGUUUCUCAUACAAAUAGUCGUUUUAAUGAUUCCCUAUUACGUUAAUAUAUUUUGUAAAU